GAGCCACUUCCGAGUUGGAGGGAACUGCAAGUCCCAGGACGCCACGGGGCUAAGUGCAUCACUUCUGUUGUGUUGGAAGCUGAGGCGAGUAGAAGCAGCUGGGAGGCGGCUGUGACUUAGAGUGACCGCUAGGCCCCUGGCGGGGAGUGACUAAGAUAUCCCAAAUGGAUCCUGGUGGUCAGGACCUGCUAGCUUUGGAUCCUGGUGAGCAGGACCUGCUGGGCUUCCUGCUUGAGGAAAGCGGAGAUUUGUGGGCUGCGACCGAGCAGGACGUAGAGGCUCCGCUGGACUUGCAGCUGCCGCCUUCCGAGAACUCCGUGCAAGCACUAAGCGACUGGGAGGUAGAGGAUUUACUGAGCUCUCUGCUCAGUCCCUCUGCAUCGCCGGAUGUUCUCAGCUCUUCCACCUCCUCCAGCUCCUCAGUUCGCCAUGAUCACAACUACUCCCUCCCACAGAACCAUGUCUCCAUCGAUCUAGAUACUGGGAGCUUCAAAAAGGAUGGGUUCCAUGUGACUCCACUGCGUGUAGAGGAAACAGCAGCGGAGCAGGAGAUUUCUAGGCUGAUACUGACAGAGGAAGAGAAGAGGCUCUUGGAGAAGGAGGGGCUUACUCUGCCCUCAACACUUCCUCUCACUAAAGUGGAGGAACAAGUUCUCAAACGGGUACGGAGGAAGAUUCGAAACAAGAAAGCAGCUCAAGAAAGCCGCAAGAAGAAGAAGGUGUAUGUCGGGGGGCUUGAGAGCAGGGUCUUGAAAUACACAGCCCAGAAUCAGGAGCUACAGAACAAAGUGCAACUUCUGGAGGAGCAGAAUCUGUCCCUUCUAGGUCAACUGAGGAAACUUCAGGCCAUGGUGACUGAGAUAGCAAACAAAACUAGCAGUGGCAGCACAUGUGUCCUGGUUCUGCUGUUUUCUUUCUGCCUUCUUCUGGUGCCUGCUAUGUACUCCUCUAACACAAGAGGGAGUGUGCCAGCUGAGUAUGUCGUGUUGCACCGCCAGCUUCGUGCCCUCCCCAGUGAGGACCAGCAGCAGCAGAAGCUGCCUGCCCUGCAGUCAGAGUUACCAAAGGACAGCACAAACCAGUUUCUGGACAGCUCAGAACAUACGCUCCUGGCCUCCAACUUUUCCUGCCUACUAUACCACAUGCCUCAAGCACAGCCGCCCCUGCACUGGCCACUCCUUAAUCUUUCCUCAGAGAUCCCCUUCUCGAGUCCCAACCUUCCCCUGCAAGCAAAUCUUUCAAAAAAUGGGGGAUGGCUGCCUGCCCACUGCCCUUCUUCUGUUACCUUACAGGGCAGGUAUUCAGGUUAGAUGUGACCCUGUCUGUACUCAGAUGGAUAAGAGUAGGGGAAGAGCUGGCCUCUGUUCCUGUGCCCUGUUAGCAUGCUUGGGAACUUGAAUGCACCACACUUACUUAUUUUUAUGGGUCUUUUAUUUAUACCCAUGUGUAUCUGUUGUCCCAUGAAAAGACUUGGAGAAAUUUACUGGCCUUGAGUAUUUCAUCCACAGAAGGAACGGGUAGUGUAAGAAAUAAAUAAGUAGUUGGUCAGCCCCUUUUUACUGGCACAGUCAGGGAGGAAGAAGGGAGAGGCAUGAUUGUCCUGUUGGCUCAGGCUGCAGUAGUUGCGGGAGGAAGGGGCAAAGACCAGUGCAGAGGCUGGGCCUCCUUAGUUCAGAGGGCUCACUCUGGAUUUAGGCUUGCCAAGAUUUCUUUGGUCCACGUUCUGGCUCUGUGCUUAGUUCUGUGCCCUGUGUGACUACUGGCCUGCUGCCCUUUUUAUGCUGCUGCUGUUGCAGGGCCAGCUGCAUGGCCCAGAUGCUCAGGGGCCGCAUGUAGGCCAGUGAGCGGAAUACUCGCUGCUGGCAGUAUGCCUCUGGGGUCUGGAAGGCCAGGCCCAGGCGUUCCCACACGGUGCGGUAACAGCCUUCAGCUGUCCUGAAACCUUCCCAAGUCAGGCCCUGUGGGAAGAGGGAGAAGACAUUUGUAGUAACUGGCUCUCUUGGGACAAUUACUGCUUAGCUGAGCAGGUAAGAUAGUAGGCCAUUUGCCCUAAAGGCAAGAACCUAAAGGCAAGGUGGAAUGCAUGCCAGGGAAAAGGGGGCUCUGUGGACGGAUAAGUGGCCUUAGGGUAUUUUUGGAAUAAAUUUGAUGGAAAUAAAUGAAUUGAGAGGAAGUUUUCUGGUUA